AUGCCAAAGGUGUUUUUGUCAGAUGCGUCUGAGACGGCGCAAGCUGUGGUGGCGGCCGAGGUUCCUCAGCCUUUUGCUCGAGAGCUUCAGCGGCAUUGCCUUAGUCGAGGAGGGUGGAGUAAGCUGCUGUCACCUUGGAAAGUUUGGCUGAAGUCGCAUGGGAAACUAGAGGAGGCCGAAGAGAUGCCGUCUGGCGUGCCGUUGGUCUCUCAUCCUCUCUGGCUGCAGUUGGCCAGAUCUUUGCAGUUUGAGAGCGAGCUCUUUGAAAGAGUAAGGAAGCGGAAGCACAUAAACUUGUUGGAGCUGGAGAUCAUUUUGAAGUUUGAGCGACAGCUCGCCUUGGAGCAUCAAGAUGUGAGGUACAACCUGGCGUCAGACAGUCAGGUUACCUUGGCUUGCCUUGUCAAGGGGAGAUCAAGCUCCCCGCAUCUGAAUAGAUUGCUGCAACGCAGCCUACCCAGUCUGCUUGGCAGCGGCAUCUACGGAGGCUACGGGUUCAUCCCUUCACUGGCCAACGUUGCAGAUGACCCCACGAGGGAACAUGAAAUCAGAGCGCCAGUUGCCUCUCCUCCAGAAUGGCUGCUGGCAGCGUUUCACGGGCAGUUUGAGGCUUUAGACGUUUGGCUUGAAGAACGCGGUUAUGAUCCUUUAGCUGUAGCUGAGCUUCCGUUUGCUGAAGGUAGGGCAGUUUCUAGGAAGGUGUUAGCUGAGGAUUUCAUUCCCCAGCUUAGAGCUGUGCAGAAGCCAGAGAGACUAGCUAGAUUUGACCAGUUUUUUCCGAGUGCUGAGAGCGGUGCAGCAGAAAGCGGCGCCCCCUCUGCAGAUGUAGCUAAGACUGGCUCCUAUGAGCCCCCAGGGUCACGUAGGUCCGUACAAGCAGCCAUGGCUAGAUCUUUGGGAGCAUUGCCCGAGCUGAGUGAGCAUGCAAAAGAACUCCUGCGUCACUUCCCUCGUGCACAGUUUUUUGCGCCCGGGGGCAGACGAGCUGGGGCUGACUUCAAGCCCGCCUGUCAGGGAGUCCUGGAUUUGUACUCUGGCGCUUCCGGGGUUGCGCGCUACAUUAGCCGAAAAUACGGCGUUUGGGUCCUGACCAUUGACUAUGAGCAUGGGCCAGGGCAGAAUUUGCUUGACACUGACCUCCAAGCACGGCUGAUGAGCUGCUUAGAGGCUGGGUGUUUCGCUGCUGUAGGCGCGGCUCCGGACUGCAGUAGCUUCUCCAGGGCUGUGACCCCUGCCGUGCGUGAUGCAGCAAAUCCUUUUGGGCGGCCUGGCAUUUCGGCAAACAUGCAGGAGAAGGUGGCCAGGGGAAACCAGCAUGCUCUUUUUAUUUUUUCAGUUGUGCAGUUUUGUGAUAGGAAGGGGAUACCCUACUGGGUUGAGAACCCUGAUGGAAGUUUCCUUUGGCUUUUACCCUACUGGGUUGAAUCCUCUUUGGGGAGCUGCUCCUCCUCCUAUCGCUUUGACCAAUGCCGGUUUCAUGCACCAUGGCGCAAGCGCACCAGAGUUGCUACCAACACUGACCUUGCGGGGAUCCGCGAGCUGUGUCAGGGAGGCCAUCAACAUCAAAUACUCAGAGGGCGUAGCAGCGCUCAUGCUUGCAGCUGGACACGGGUUGCUCAAACUUACCCCCGCUCUCUUUGCCGGCGACUGGGUGAUGCGUUGAUGCGGGGAGUGCGGCGCCAAGUGCAGAAGCUGGACAUUGCGGGCUGUGCGCGGACCUUGCAUGCCCGCAUUGGCGAGGCCUCUCAUCCGGGCCCACGCCAUGCUGCGCCGCUGCAGCCCCGAGAUCCAGCCGCUCUGGCAGAUGUUCGCCUUAUUGAACCGAGCACUGCCGCGCGUCAGGAUCGAAUGCUUGAAGAACUUGGUGCUUGGCUGCGCGCCCGGCUCAGCGAGGAGACUAUCAACCAGCUCUACCUCUGCCCUGCUCUUGCUGUUUCUGUUUUGAAGACCUAUGCCAUGCAUUUGUUUGCGAGUGGUCGCAAGCUCUAUGAACUCCGCUACACACUCAUUGCUGUGCAGCAUAGAUACCCUCAUUUGCGCUCUUCUAUGGCCCCAGUUUGGGCGGUGGUGUCAAAGUGGGAAUUGUAUCAGCCUCUACAGCAUCGAAAACCUCUCCCAGAGUUGCUCUUCAAAGCGAUGUUUGUGCUAGCUUGUUUGAAAGGGUGGACAAGAUGGAGUGCUUCGCUGCUUCUGGGUUUUGAGGGCAUUGCAAGGAUCGGAGAAAUUUUGGCAGCUCGCCGUCAUGACUUGCUACUCCCCAGUGAUUUAGCUGAGACUGAGUCGGCCGUUGCCUUCUUGAAGAUUCGCUUGCCCAAAACCAGAUUUCGCGGUCGAGGCCGUGUUCAGCAUUUGAAGAUUCGCCAUGCUGCCAGUCUCCCCUUUCUUGAGCGAGUUUUUGGAGCUUUGGACCCCUGCUUACCUUUGUUUCCUUUGUCAGCCCAUGUUUUUCGGAAACGCUGGGAUUUACUGCUGGAUUUGCUGCAAAUUCCUGGGGCACAACGCCCUACACCUGCAAGCAUUAGAGGUGGCGGUGCUAUUCUGGCGUAUCGCCGUGGCGAACCGAUAGCUGACAUUUUGUGGCGAAUGCGGUUGGCGUCCCAGCCGACCUUGGCUUCAUAUUUGCAGGAGCUGGCCGCAGAGAGCUUGCUGGCUUUUCUGGCUCCCACAGUGCGUCAGCGACUGAUCCAUGUGGCUUCUCUUUUCCCUGUUUGCCUGCAGUCUCUGGGAUGA